AUGGUUUCGCCAUCACUUGAUUCGCAGAUGAAUGCUGAUAAAAGAUUUCAGAGUUCUUUUUCCUUCAAAAAUAGGCCAAGAAUGCUCAAAGAUUUCCUCAAAGAUGAUUCGUUUUCAUGUCCAUCAAAUGAUCCAUGCAAAUCAAAUGUAACGAACAAGCCCUCAGCAAUACUUCUUAGAAGUGGAUCAAAAGCUGCAGAAACCACAUUUUAUGCACUCAACAAAGUCAUUAAGGCUGUUAAAUUCUUCCCAUUUGCUUCUGUUAAAUCUCCACUAGUUUUACCGAGAAGCAUUUCGCGUAAACUCUCCAGGAGGACCAAAAACAGAAAUGAAAAUUUCCCUCAAGUCUCUGUUAAAGUUAAGGACAUUUUACGGUGGAGAUCGUUUAGGAACUUGGAGGAGGAGAAAGCCACACCGUUGGAUUUUUCUUCGUCAUCCCCUAUUCGAACCGCCACCACCACCACAGGGUCUACUAGUACUACCACCUCAUGCAGCAAGAGAUCUAGCUGGUGUGAUAGUGAUUUUACAGAGGCGGAUUCACCAUUGUGGGGUGGUGAACAUGAUGAGUCUUGGGGUGAAAAGGGGAGUAAAACAAGAAGGAAUCUAGAGGGGGAAUCGACAUACGAAGAAGCUGAGCAGCUUAGCCCAGUUUCAGUUCUUGAUUCUCCAUUUUGUGAAGACGGAGAAUCCAUAUUUCCUUUUCAUCCCACCUUCCCCAAGAGAAAAUGCAUUUUCAUGCAAAGACUCCAACAAUUCGAGGGCCUUACAGAAUUGGAAAACGUUGGAGAGAGCCAAGUGGAUAAUCCGCUAUUUGAUUUCUUUAAGAAUGAUUGUGAGAAUUUUGAGAAUACUGCAAAAUCUUGGAUUAAUGGAGAAUAUGAAAAUUGGGAGGCGCUGGACAUGAAGGCGGCAUGUGUUAAAGAUAUGGAGAGGGGACUGGACUGGAAAGAGUUUAAAGAUGAACAAGAAGAAAUGGCAAUGGAGUUGGAUAUUCAACUUUUGAGCGAUUUGUUUGACGAGCUUUUGGAUGAUUUUGCCAGUAAAAAGUAA